CAACGCAGAAACAAAACAAAAACAUUACAACAGUGAUGUGUCAAUUUGGCUGAUGCGGUUAGGAAAGAUUCGUUUUUUUUUCUCGCAGCCAAUGUGAAAAGUUGUAAAAAAAAAACAAUAAAACCCAAGUUUUUGUGUUACGUUCCAUUAGGUGAAAACCCAAGAGCCGAUAGUUAUUUCGAUAAUUCCAGUAGCGUUUCGUAGUGGGAUGGAAUCCCAAAAGUAUACACUCUCGUCAAUACGGCAGGACAUUGUGGACAACAAUUUGCAUGUCAAAGCCAUUAUACAAGAUAUUCUAGCAUUCCGUGGUUCAAUAGUAGAGCUAAACACUUUAAACGAGGCCGGUCGAGGGAAACUUGCUGCGUUAAGAAAAUGCAUCGAACGUCUGGAUGAUUGGGCACGGGAUGAAGGUGAUCCGCAGGUCUACAAGGAAGUCGACCAGCAUCGCGAACAAUUCUCAAAAACGCUUCAGGCAUUCCGCAAAGCAAACAUAUCAACAAUGCUCGAGAUUGAAAAACAACAAAAAGACGAACUGUUUGCCCUAAGUCCAGAGAGUGAACUUCGGCAGCGGCACACAGGAGGAGCUUCAUCCUCCAACCGAUCCACGCUGCUAUACCAGCAGGAGAGCGUUACGGAUCGAAUGCGAUCGAUAUCCCAGCACCUAUCGGAAACGACCCACAAGAGUGCGGCCACACUGGACACGCUCAUUACCUCAAGUACCAGUGUGGAAGGCACACGUGAUGAACUGUUGAACACGGCCGGUACCAUUUCCCAAUCCGGCAAGCUGCUGAAAAAAUACGGCCGGCGCGAAUGCACCGACAAGAUUUUGUUAUUCUUUGCUUUUGCUUUCUUUCUGGCUUGCGUGUUUUAUAUCGUACAGAAGAGGUUAUUCUAGAAACCAGGAAAGCGCGAGAGCCUCACAAGUUAUGUUACAUGUUUGCAAAAUUUUUGUUGGCCAGAAAUUGAGAAGGCAAAGUUCAAGUUUGACCAUUUAAACUCUUUUUAAAUGUUUUUAGCACAAAACAGCAGUCUGUUCAUUUCGAUGAAUUAUGAGAUAGGGAUGCAAAUAACAUACAAAAAUGACUAAAAUCUAAUAAAUUAUUCACUAACUUAUUCUACUCACAGAAAAUGUUGCGAUCUCUGACUAAUGACAAGUGAAAGCAUGAAUGCGGUAGAGAGAAAAAAAAAAUCCGAAGGUACGAAAUAGUGUGGCUGAAGGAUAUCCUGAUUACUGUGUAGUGUCUGCAUUUACUAUCUGAAUUACGUGACCACUACAACCUAAUGAAAAAAAAAUGAACGAGCUGAUAAGACCAA